ACAGUCCCGUCUCGCACUUUGCCCGUCUGCGGCACGUCAGGGUCUGCUGCCCGUGUGGAGUCCGCCAGCUCCAGUCUGGCCCGCGGCUGGCGGGGUGGCGACCUUGGAGGCGCGCCAGAGGGUCAGGGGUCACGCCGGGAAGAGUGGCGACUGGUAGUGGAGGGGGGGGGGGGGGAGUGCUGUGCGGCCUCUUGCCUCGCCAGUGUGCUGCGAGAUGGCGGCGGGUGUGCUGCUGGUGGCAGCCCUGCUGAGCGCGCAUGCGCGGGCCGACCACCAGGCGACCAGCCUGCAGAUGGCCGGCGUGGUAUUCCGACAUGGACACAGGAACAUCAUGCGGCAGUACGACUUCGACCCCUACAGCAACAAUGUCUCCUAUUGGCCGGGAGGCAUCGGCCAGAUCACGAGCAGGGGCAAGAUGCAGAUGUACAAGUUCGGACAGCUCCUGAGGGAGCGAUACAGCGGACUGCUAAGUGACGCGUACACUCCUGAGGAGACUCUAGUGAGGAGCAGCUCUAGUCCCAGGUGUGUGAGCAGUGCACUGUGCGUGUUGGCUGGCCUCUUCCCACCGACAGACCAGGAAGUGUGGAACCCGGAUCUCCUAUGGCAGCCUGUUCCAUUGUAUGCUCCGGAAGAAGGACACGACAAGUUGAUCAGGAUGGACGCGGACUGCCCCGCUUACCGGGAGGAGUUCAACCGGCAGAUGUCCUCGCCUGAGAUGCGUGCAUUCAACAGCAACUACAGCGACGUGUACCGUGUCAUCAGCGAGCAUUGGAAGCCCGUCAGCGACUUCGAGGAACCCAACAAUUUGCACGACCACUUCAGGAUAGAGGAGGAGAGAGGGAUUCCUCUGCCGGACUGGACGAGAGGCCUGUACCCGGACAAGCUGCUGCAGAUAUCCAACCAGUACCAUAUCUUCCGCACAUACACGCCGCUCAUGGCACGGCUCAAGAUGGGACCGCUGGUGAAGGACGUGGUGGGCCGCAUGAUCGCCAGCACGGGCGGGGCCUCGGGAGCCAGGCUGCUGCUGUACUCGGGCCACGAUGACAUGGUGACAGGACUGCUGGGCGUGCUGGGACUGCCCAACCGCUUCAAGGUGCGCUACGGCGCGGCAGUCUUCCUGGAGCUGCACUCCGACCCCACGGGCAAUCACCAUGUCCAGGUGUUCUUCAUGGCCGACACGGACGAGCAGCAGAUACAGCGCAUCCAUCCGGUGGGCUGCGACACUCACUGCGACCUGGACAUGUUCGCCAACCUCACGGCAACCGUCACACCGGUGGACUGGGACCAGGAGUGCCAACUGCGCGGUGCUGAGGCUCCCUAGUCACGCUUCUGCUACACUCACCUACAGACCUGGUCACCGUCUACAUGGUAUUUCGCAAAACCUAUCCCACCACCCUUAUCCAUCCCACAAAACAAAGUUUUGGUACUUUGUAUGACAUUUUACCCAACUGAAGAUUAAAGUAAAAUUAAAAUUA